AUGGUGAACCCUAAGCAGCCGGGUCGCCAGUUCUCACUGGGAGCUUCCGCUCACCGCAGGAGACAGAUGAGCAACAUGCACGAGCAAGGCAAUCAUUUUGGUCCAGCUUUGACUACCCUCUACUGCGGUAUCUCUGCCGUUUUCGCCGACUCCCACACUGCUGUGGUUGCCCUUGCGAUCCAUGACACUGUCUACCUCUUGGACUUCACGGUCAAGCAUAUCAACCUUGACGAUAGCUCCCAGACCGGCAACGAUGCCAUUGCCGACUAUGUCAUCAAUACCCUUGAAGACUAUGAGCAUGCCAACUUCUCCAAGUUCAUUGGCGCUGGUCUGCCCAUGACCCUCAAGUACAUGAGCCAGACUCUGUGCUCCCGUCUUUGGCUCGAGCUCGACAUCGUCCCCGUUGUCUUGCGCCCUGACGAUGAGCACAAGGAGAAGAGCUUCUGGGACAUCAAGCGCGUUGACGAGCAGGCCGAUUCCAUGGCCCGCAAGUGCAUCAUGAAUUUUGGACCUUCCCUCGUUCCUCUUCUCCAGGUUGGCUGGAGAGGUGUGGUCCAGACCGACGCGGGCUUCCGUGUGCAGCUCAACACUAUCCAGAACCACAAGGAUACCUGCGGUGCUCCGACUUGGGAUGCCACCAUGUUCUUUGCCAAGCUGCUUCGCGAGAACAAGACCAAGAUUGCCUUCUUCAGCAGUACCCCUCAAGGUGGAGGAGUCGCGUUGAUGCGACAUGCUCUCGUUAGGUUUGCUCGAACUAUUGGUGUCGACCUGACCUGGUAUGUGCCCAAGCCAAGGCCUGGCGUCUUCAGGGUGACCAAGAAUAUCCACAACAUCCUCCAGGGCGUCAGCCACCCCGAUCAGCGCAUCUCGGCUGAGGAGAAGCAGUCCAUUAUCGACUGGAUCACGGAUAAUGCCAACCGUUACUGGCUUUCCGAAGGAGGCCCUCUGCGACCCCCCGAAGAGGGCGGAGCCGACGUUGUCAUGCUACGAUCAUGGACGGCUGCUAACAUUGUAUGCCCCAUCCAGAUUGAUGACCCGCAAAUGCCUGGCUUGAUUCCCCUAAUCAAGAAGAUUACACCGGAUCGUCCUGUCCUCUAUAGAUCCCACAUCCAGAUUCGCAGCGACCUCACUGGAAAGGCUGGCUCCCCUCAGGAGGACAUCUGGAACUUCCUGUGGAGCAACAUUCAGCAUGCCGACAUGUUCAUCAGCCAUCCCAUUCCCAUCUUCGUUCCGCACAACGUGCCUCGCGAGAAGGUGGUCUACCUCCCGGCCACCACUGAUUGGCUCGACGGUCUAAACAAGCCUCUUAACAAGUGGGAUACUGGCUACUAUGGCCACAUCUACAAUACUGCCUGCCGUAACCAGGGAAUGACUGAGCUGGAGUGGCCUGCGCGCAAGUACAUCAUCCAGGUGGCUCGAUUCGACCCGUCCAAGGGCAUCCCCACCGUGAUUGACUCCUAUGCCGAAUUCCGGCGUUUGUUGGAGGAGAAGGGCGAGACGGACAUCCCUCAGCUCGUUGUCUGUGGCAAUGGCUCAGUCGAUGACCCUGACGCGAGCAUGAUCUACGAUCAGACUAUGAAUCAGCUCGAGAAGCAUUAUCCUCACCUCGUCAAGGACUGCAGCAUCAUGCGUCUCGAGCCCAAUGACCAGCUCCUCAACACCGUCAUUGCCAACGCUCACGUUGUCCUUCAGCUCUCUACCCGCGAGGGUUUUGAGGUCAAGGUCUCGGAGGCGCUGCACGCUGGCCGUCCAGUCAUUGCGACUCUUGCUGGCGGUAUUCCGCUUCAGGUCAAGGAUAACGUCAACGGCUUCUUGGUCAAGCCCGGCGACUACAAGGCCGUUGCAGGUCAUCUGUUGAACCUCUUCACCGAUGCUGACCUGCAUAAGAAGAUGAGCCACGCCGCCGCCACUGGUGUGAGCGAUGAGGUCGGCACUGUCGGCAAUGCUCUGGGCUGGUUCUACCUUGCCGCCAAGUGGGCCGAAGUCGGUGUCAAGCCUGGUCUGCGCGGCAAUGAGCGCUGGGUCAAUGACAUGGCUCGCGAGGAGGCCGGCAAGCCUUACAGCGACAGCGAGAACCGUCUACCUCGUCACUUUACUGAGAAGAAGGAGAUUCCCGUCGUCUCUGGAAAGACUAAUGGCCAGAACGGUGACGAUGGCCACUAA